GUGAAUCUAAAAAGUGAUCGCGCACGGGCCAGCAUAUGGAGGUAGGAGCGAGCGGGAGCUAGCCCCACUGCCUUAGCACUUCAACUCUCACUUGCUGGCUAAUCAUCUCUGAAUAAAUAUUCAAUGCCGAGGCCGUGCCUGCCGUUGAUUCUGCAAUUAAUCCUCUGAAGCCAUACCCAGCCUGGAACUGGCAUAAAAACUCCUCUGUAGCCGCUGUGAUGGCUGCCCUGGCGGAAGCCCAGCCUCGUGGAAGCGCCGAGUUCGUCGAGAGUUCGAUUCUCGAAGCCGUCGUCCCCUCAGAUUCCGAGUUUGACGCCGAAGAAGAGCUCACUUCCUGGGAUGGGACCAAUGACGAAGAGAAGGGUUCGGUCCUACCUUUUCUUUCCCAGCGGCAGGUGCUACUGUUCGAUGAGCUAGUACCGGUCUACAUUGUCUUUCGUACACCGCUGAUGGAAGAUGCUACACUCAAGUCUUAUCUGUCUCGCCUAGCCAUCAAUGUCGAGGCACUAGCGUUCAGUACGGCUCCUCCACCAGAUUCAGAUUCCAAAGGACCGCCUUCCAAGGAGCUUCUCGCGUCAGAAACUAUUACCAGUGCAGUGGAGCCGGUCAUUGUGCGCCAUGAUGAAGCAAGUUCCCCACACAUUUAUGUUGUCUGGAAGCUUGAGAUUUUUAUGAGCCGGCCCCGAGGACGAUUCCAAAAGCCAGCAAUAUAUUUCAUGCCCACAGCAUCUCUGAAGCCAGCAGAGAAGAAGAGUGUUCUGGAGGAUGAAUACCUGCCAAGCAGAACACCAACAGCACUCAACCUCCUUCAAUCAUUCGAAAGUGAUCCGGCUUUGGCAGGCAUUCAUCCGCGUCUGUCUGCACUGCGCAUCAACAAGAUUGCGCCCACCGCACCCGUUGCCAAAGAACUGACUAGACCAAUACGAACUGGCCAAAGGCGGCUUUUCCGAGCGUUACCUGCACUGAUAUGGCGAGUAAGAUACUCCAAGGUUCAAACGGCCAUAAGCGAUAUGUCGCUCAUGGCAUCGCUCGAUCUGGAGGUUGCAUACAUCACCGGAUGCCGGUUAGCCAUCAAUGAUGUGAAGCUCUCAUUGCGGGGAGGUGACGUAAAGCCUAUAUCCGAUCAGAGUAUCAUCAAGCAUAUUCACAAGCCAGGAGAUCAACUUACGUCUCUUUACAAGAUCACGCCAGAUCUAGCCGUGGAUGGCACGCCACUCUUUGGGAAUGAAGGCCACCUAUUGACCCUAGAAAUCAAAGCCAAAGUUCUGGUGUCGGAAGAUUGCCAGCCCAACGUUAGCAUUGGUUGGCAGACAGCAGUGGACUUUUCGGCCGAACAAAAUUCGGCCUUAGUGAAGGCCGCCCACCGACUAAGCAAUCCACUAACACAUGCACCAAAAAUCCCAGAGACAGGCUCGACUACCAGCCAUGAUAAGGUUGGUCAAACGGCGGAGAUACCUAAAGAUACUUCCAUCCACGUUACCCUGACGAUAAGUGGACCGCCCCAGGUGACUGUUGGUGAGAUGUUUAACUGGAGCGUAUUCAUUGUGAAUCGAUCCGACAAAACACGUAAACUAGCUGUUCUGGUCGUGCCGAGACGGAGACGAGAUUACGACAAGCAAAGACCACUAUCGUCGGCAUCCUCAGUGGCAGGAUAUCGCUCUGACAAGAAAGAUUUGCUCGCGAACGCAGUGGUGGAUGAAAACAUCGUUUAUGCCAAACAGAAGAAUGCACGUACGGAAACCGCAGAGCUGAUAUGCCUGACCACGGACAUCAGGAUUGGUCAUCUUGCCCCAGGUGCUUGUUAUACGGCCGACCUAAAGUUUCUAGCACUUUCAGCUGGUGUGCUCUCUGUUGAUGCUGUUCGACUUGUGGAUCUGGCAACCAACGAGACUUCGGAUAUACGAGACGUCCCGGCAAUAGUAGCGGUAGAGCACAAAGGGUAGUUAAAAUCAAUACUGGAUUUGAUAGUCGCCCGCCCAAUCGAGCUUCAUUGCCCGAAGCAAGCCGUCCACCUAUCCUAAUGCUCACCACCCACAAACGAAUGUUUCCGUCCCAGGC